AUGCCUUUGAAGGUGGACGGUGACCCAGGGUACGAUAUCGCGACAGACCAUCUGACAGCAUCUGAGACGCUGCCUCUCAUCGUGCCAGACACCGAACCUCAUCAGUGCAUCUGGAAACCCAUGACCAGGGAGGAGCUGGCAUCUGCCGCAGGAGGUCCAGGCUGGAAGAAGCUCCGCUCUGGGAUGGUCCUGUUCUUCUGGCUGGGGUGGCUGGCCAUGCUCGGGGCGGCUGUGGUUGGGAUCGUCCGGAGCCCCCGGCCUGGAGCUUCGGCUCGGCGCUGGUGGCAGACGGAGGUGUUCUAUCGUCUACAGCCAUCUCUGCUCCUGGAUAUAGAGAACACAGGGUCAGGGGCUCUACACAAGGUGUCUGGCAGGCUCCCCUACCUCAGGUCCCUGGGCAUUGGGGUCUUGAUCUUGGAAGGGUUGUUCAGGCACGAUGUCACGCCACUCAACCUGACUGAGAUAGACCAGAACCUUGGCACUCUGGUCCAGUUCCACCAGCUCAUCACAGACAGUCACAACACAGGUGUAAGAGUGAUUCUGGAUCUCUGUGGGCUUAAUCUAUUCAACAGGACAGAGUUCAGUAACCAAACGGAUGCAUUUGUUUAUGUUCAGAACUCGGUUAGAUACUGGCUUGAACAAGGGGUGUCUGGAUUUGAAAUCUGCGACCCGGACCCAGGCUAUUCUCAGAAGACGUGGAGAGAGUGUCCAGAGCUGGCUGAGGCGUGUAGCACUGAGGACGAUGACUGGAUUGUGAUGCUGAGGCAGACUGGGGCCUCCUCUCCAGGGUUCAGUGUGCUGGAGACACGUCCCAACACCUCCCUGGUGCAAGUGCUGCUCUCUGAGCCUCUGGUUCCCAUCUCCACUCAUCCGUUACCCGCUGCUGAACUCGCCAAAGUGACGGAAACCAGGCUGAGGAGGCUGCAGACGAACUGGCUAAGCUGGACCGUGGAUUGGGCAGGAGUAGGGGACCUGAAGGAAGUCAUCAUGGUUCUGAUGAUGACACUUCCUGGCACUGCCAUUAUCACAUGUGGUGAUGAGAUAAGUCCAACCGCGAAUGCUUCUGUAUACCUGUCUGAAGAUGACAAGACAAACAGAGAUUCAAGACAAAAAGAGAAUCAGAGAAGAUGGCGAGCACUCUUCAGGUCGCUGAGCCGCACACGCACGCAUGAAGAGGCCCUUCUCUUCGGCAAUCUCACCUUUCUCCCCGUCAACAGCCCGGCAGUCGGCUCCGCCUCCGCUAACUCCACAGCCAUCCGUCCUCUGGCCUACCUGCGCUCAUGGGCAUGCGCUCACUUCCUGGUGAUGUUGCAUUUUGGCUCGGAGCCUGUCUCUCUGGACCCAGACUGGGCUCCCAGCCUACCAGAAAGAGGGGUGUUUGUAACUAGCACAGGCCUGGAUCGCUUUGGUUCUGUAUCCCUUCGGUCCAUAAAUCUCCAGCCGCAUGAAGCCGUUGUCAUUAAAUUGUAUGAGGCAGACAAUCAAGCCUAA